UUUGUUCAGAUCUGCAGUCUUCAGUGUCUGUCAGAAUAAGUCCCAACAGAAAUCAACACUUUACAUCAAAGUCUCUCUCACUGAUCUGUGAUCUGAAGGGGAACUCUACUGGAUGGAGACUGAUGAGAUACACAGAGACAGGAGUGGAGUCAGGGUGUUCCCCUCACUGGGGAUCAAUAACAGGGUCCACAUGUACCAUCACCUCCACAGACACAGGGGACAGUGGAGUGUACUGGUGUGAGUCUGGAUCAGGACAGUACAGUAAUGCUGUCAACAUCACAGUGUCUGAUGGUGAUGUGAUCCUGGAGAGCCCUGCCCAUCUUGUUACUGAAGGAGACUCUUUAACUCUGCGCUGUAAAUGUAGAAAUCAAAGAUGCACUAAUUCUAAGGUGGACUUUUACAAAGAUGGAGUACUGAUCAGAAAUGAAACCACAGGAGAGAUGACCAUCUCUGCAGUAAUGAAGUCAGAUGAAGGCUUCUAUAAAUGUAAAUCUGAUCAAAUAGAAUCACCUGAAAGCUGGGUGACAGUGAGAGUAACUGGAUCCUCUACAUCAUUCCCAGUAGGAGUAGUUGUGGGUCCGGUUGUUGCUGCUGUUCUACUGACCAUCAUCCUGGUCCUGUUGUGUCGGCAUAACAUCAGAAAAGGGGGUGCUAACAUCCCCCGUGUGAUCAUUCACACAGACAACAAUGAUAAUGGUGCUUCCGCUGUUCCUGAGCCAGGUGAUGAAACAUAUGAACAGAUUCAAUUGAAGUCAUUGGACACGAAAAAUAAAGAAAAUCCAGGCUACUCUGAGAUGAACACAGUGAAAACUACAGAUUCUGCUGGUGAUUCUGCUCCUGGGUCAGGUGAUGUGACGUAUGCCCAGAUUCAACUAAAGUUGGACAAGACAAAGAACGAAUCAAAACCCCCACAAGAGUCAGAAUCAGUCUACUCUCAAGUAAAGCCAGACCCAGCCCACGGUCCUUGAGGGAGAUGUAAGGGAAACAAUCAGUUGAAGGGAACAUGGAUGUGUUUUUUCCCCAAUUCUCCCUGUCACAAAAGUGUGAGCCCACACCACGCAUGAACGGAUUUACCACAGCCGCAAUCACACACAAAAACCAACUUUCAAUAGUUUUUCCUGUCAGACAAUAUAUUUAACAACAGAUUUAUAGAGCAUACUGAAUCUGUUGCUUUUUACAUUACUUGUAGAAAACAAGAGUUUGGGAGCCAUUAGUGAUGGGCAUUCCAAGUAUUUUUUUUACAUUUAUUUGGUUCCUAAACAGCUUAAAAAUGCUUAAAACCUCAGAAA